AGGGAAGACGUCAAGACGGGAAGAGGCAGAAAAAUAUCAACGCGACCCAAAACCCAAACGCAACCAAAGCACGACUUGCAAAAUUGUGGAUCACGUUGUCAAUUGCUCCUAGAGGAGGGUGAGGUUAGGUUAAAUAAAGCAUCAAAAUUAAUAAGAGAAUAAGACCACCUGGAAGCAGCAUGUUCUCGCAAAAUUCAAAUUCUAACUCGCUCACAAAUGGAACUGACGAAGAUGACGACCCUGUUGUGCAGAGGAUUCCAGUCUUCCUGUCGAAAGCUUCAGCUGGCCAGUUGUAUUUGUACGAGUACAGCAGAAAUACUCUCAUUAAUAAUUUUGAGGAAAACAGGGUUGUUCAGUCGCGGAUUAAACCAAACCAGCAGAAGGUUGAGCUUCACGUGAGGUUGGACGUUGAGAGCAAAAAUUUUAACACAGAUCUCGCACGAAAGCUGGCCUCAAAGACUCCCAAAUCAGGGUUGGAUCCUACCAAACAUUUGAUUGAAACACAAGUUCUAACUUCGUGUACAGCAGUAUCAAAAAAUCCUGGACGCUAUGCAAUUGCAGUUCCGCAAAGUGACGGAAUACAUUUGAAUCCUCUUGCAGGAAUGGUCUUCUUGAAGCCUUCCUAUGAAUACUUGGACGCACCUCCCAAAAGGAAAGAACAAACAAACAAAGAAGGAGAACCUUCUGCAUCUCAAGCAAAACCUGUGGGCGUCAGAUUUGCCAGCCAGAGUGCUAAAAGAAUGAAGCUCGCCCAGUCAAAGUCAAUGUCAGUUCACCAGAAGUUAAGAGAUGAAGAGCCGUGGUGUGAAACUGAAUUUUACAUAUCCAAUCACUUCAAAUCAAUAACUGAAAGAGAAAAGCUGAAUUGCGAGCAAACAGAUCAAGACUUAUCAAGCAUUUUUUGUGAUUCGGCUGAUACUUAUUUGCCUAAUUUGUGCCCACCUGAAGCUGACGAUGGUGCCAAUAAGGAUGUUGCGGAAGGCGUUUUGUCAGCUAAAGAGCUUUGCAAACUGCCUCUGGCGGAGCAGAUCAAAGAAAGAAUGAAACAAGUCCAUGUGAUAAAAUUUUCGAGGUUGAAAUAUUUGCUGAGCAGCUCGGCUUCUGAGAAAGAAGUCAUUUCUGGUUUGAUUCGCGUUGCCGAUUUGGUAAAGGGAAACUGGGUUUUGAAAAGCAGCUUGCUGUAUGACAAAGAAUUCGCAAGCAGUAGAGGUGUCACUGCAGACAGGCUUGUGACUGCAAGGGAUAAAAUUCUUUUGACUUUCACUACCCAGGAAACAGUUGCAUGUAAAAAGUUGACGAAGCUGACAAAAAUUCCUGCAGAGGACAUCAUCGAAAUUCUGGCAAAAAUUGCUUUCAAAGUGUCAAAAGUUGGGUGGAAAUUCAAACUUGACGAGGACAAGCAAUUUAUUAAAAAGCAUCCAGAGGUGGUUGAGCAGCAGUCCCGAAUGUUUGAAACGAGGGUGAAAAAUCAAGAGAAAAAAGACGAGGAAGAGGCAGCCGAUGCAAAAGCAGCUGCCAAAAAAGCAAAGGCACAGAUGCGCCAGCGGAAAAACAGCACGAGAUCAAGAAAGGACUCGCAGUGCUCCGACAUAGGUUCAUAGCAUCAAAGAAAUUUACAAUUAAUCUGCUUAUUAUGAGAAAUAUAUGAUGCCAUCAUGCUAUGUGAGUGUGAAUUCA